CAUUGUACCCAGAGCUCAGAGCCGCCUUUCCAGCAUGCAGGGGCUGCUCAGGUACGGGGGACGCACCGUGUCGCCCGCCACAUUCAUUUAGUAAGUGGCACCGCGCGGUGGCGCGGGGGUGGGCGUGCUUCUUUGGGCCGGGCGCUGGAUUUCGCGGCGCGCCCUCCAGCUGCCUUCCCGGAGCUCCCGGGCCAGUAGAAUUUAGUCAUAUCAAGAAGUAGUACAGAGUUCAGCCAUGGCCCCAAGGAAGAGAGGUGGACGGGGGAUUUCAUUCAUCUUUUGCUGUUUCCGAAAUAAUGACCAUCCAGAAAUCACGUAUCGACUUCGAAAUGAUAGCAACUUUGCUCUUCAGACCAUGGAGCCAGCAUUGCCCAUGCCCCCUGUGGAGGAGCUGGACGUCAUGUUCAGUGAACUUGUGGAUGAACUUGACCUCACAGACAAACACAGGGAAGCCAUGUUUGCACUUCCAGCUGAGAAAAAGUGGCAAAUAUACUGUAGCAAGAAAAAGGACCAGGAAGAAAACAAGGGAGCUACAAGUUGGCCUGAGUUCUACAUUGAUCAACUGAAUUCCAUGGCUGCUAGAAAAUCUUUAUUGGCUUUAGAGAAGGAAGAAGAAGAAGAAAGAAGUAAAACUAUAGAGAGUUUAAAGACAGCACUGAGGACAAAACCGAUGAGGUUUGUAACAAGAUUCAUUGACUUGGAUGGCUUGUCAUGUAUUCUCAACUUUCUGAAGACCAUGGACUAUGAGACGUCUGAGUCUCGAGUACAUACCUCUCUCAUUGGAUGUAUAAAGGCACUAAUGAACAACUCUCAAGGCCGGGCUCAUGUCCUGGCUCAUUCUGAGAGUAUUAAUGUUAUUGCUCAGAGUCUGAGCACAGAGAACAUUAAAACGAAGGUGGCUGUGCUGGAAAUCCUGGGCGCUGUGUGCCUGGUUCCCGGGGGCCACAAGAAGGUUCUGCAGGCCAUGCUACAUUACCAGAAGUACGCCAGCGAAAGAACCCGCUUUCAGACAUUAAUUAAUGACUUGGAUAAAAGCACCGGGCGGUAUCGAGAUGAAGUGAGUCUCAAGACAGCCAUCAUGUCCUUCAUCAACGCAGUGCUGAGCCAAGGCGCGGGAGUGGAGAGUUUGGACUUUAGACUUCAUCUUCGCUAUGAAUUUCUGAUGUUAGGAAUCCAACCUGUUAUAGAUAAAUUAAGGGAGCAUGAAAAUUCAACAUUAGAUAGGCAUUUAGACUUUUUUGAAAUGCUCCGAAAUGAAGAUGAAUUAGAAUUUGCCAAAAGAUUUGAAUUGGUUCACAUAGACACAAAAAGUGCAACUCAAAUGUUUGAGCUGACCAGGAAGAGGCUGACUCACAGUGAAGCUUACCCUCACUUCAUGUCCAUCCUUCACCACUGCCUCCAAAUGCCUUACAAGAGGAGCGGCAAUACUGUUCAGUACUGGCUACUACUAGAUAGAAUUAUACAACAAAUAGUUAUCCAGAAUGACAAAGGACAGGAUCCCGACUCAACACCCUUGGAGAACUUUAACAUUAAGAAUGUUGUACGAAUGUUGGUUAAUGAAAAUGAAGUUAAACAGUGGAAAGAGCAAGCAGAAAAAAUGAGAAAAGAGCACAAUGAACUACAACAGAAAUUGGAAAAGAAAGAGAGAGAGUGUGAUGCCAAGACCCAGGAGAAGGAAGAAAUGAUGCAGACCUUGAAUAAAAUGAAAGAGAAACUUGAAAAGGAGACCACUGAGCACAAGCAGGUCAAGCAGCAGGUGGCAGAUCUCACAGCACAGCUCCACGAGCUCAGCAGGAGGGCUGUCUGUGCUUCAGUCCCAGGAGGACCCUCACCUGGAGCCCCAGGGGGACCCUUUCCUUCCUCUGCACCUGGGACUCUCCUUCCUCCCCCACCACCCCCACCCCUGCCAGGUGGAGUGCUUCCUCCACCACCUCCCCUCCCUCCUGGUGGUCCUCCUCCCCCCCCAGGACCCCCUCCCUUAGGGGGAAUCAUGCCACCUCCUGGUGCUCCAGUGGGUCUGGCACUCAAGAAGAAAAACAUUCCUCAGCCCACAAAUGCCCUGAAAUCCUUCAACUGGUUAAAGCUGCCUGAGAACAAACUGGAAGGAACAGUAUGGACUGAAAUUGAUGAUACAAAAGUCUUCAAAAUUCUAGAUCUUGAGGACCUCGAAAGAACUUUCUCUGCCUAUCAAAGACAGCAGAAAGAAGCAGACGCCAUUGAUGACACACUAAGUUCCAAACUGAAAGUCAAAGAGUUAUCGGUGAUUGAUGGUCGGAGAGCUCAAAAUUGCAACAUCCUUCUGUCAAGGUUGAAAUUAUCCAACGAGGAAAUCAAACGGGCAAUUCUAACAAUGGACGAGCAGGAAGAUCUGCCCAAGGACAUGUUGGAACAGCUUUUGAAGUUUGUUCCUGAAAAAAGUGAUAUUGACCUGUUGGAGGAACAUAAGCAUGAAUUGGAUCGGAUGGCCAAGGCUGAUCGAUUCCUUUUUGAGAUGAGCCGAAUUAAUCAUUAUCAGCAAAGAUUGCAAUCGCUAUACUUCAAGAAGAAGUUUGCAGAGCGCGUGGCAGAAGUAAAGCCCAAAGUGGAAGCAAUUCGUUCUGGCUCAGAAGAGGUAUUUAGGAGUGGUGCCCUCAAGCAGUUGCUAGAAGUGGUUUUGGCAUUUGGAAAUUACAUGAAUAAAGGCCAAAGAGGCAAUGCCUAUGGAUUCAAGAUAUCCAGCCUCAACAAAAUUGCUGACACAAAAUCCAGUAUUGACAAGAACAUUACCCUUUUGCACUAUCUAAUAACUAUUGUGGAAAAUAAAUACCCCAAGGUUCUCAAUCUAAACGAAGAACUGCGUGAUAUUCCUCAAGCAGCAAAAGUAAACAUGACUGAGCUGGACAAAGAAAUAAGUACCUUGAGAAGUGGCUUGAAAGCAGUAGAGACAGAACUGGAAUAUCAGAAGUCUCGGCCCCCACAGCCCGGGGAUAAAUUUGUGUCUGUUGUCAGCCAGUUCAUCACCGUUGCCAGCUUCAGCUUCUCCGAUGUUGAAGAUCUUCUAGCAGAAGCUAAAGACCUGUUUACUAAAGCAGUGAAACACUUUGGGGAAGAGGCUGGCAAAAUACAGCCAGAUGAGUUCUUUGGCAUUUUUGAUCAGUUUCUUCAAGCUGUGUCAGAAGCAAAACAAGAGAAUGAAAACAUGAGGAAGAAGAAGGAGGAAGAGGAGCGUCGUGCUCGCAUGGAAGCACAGCUCAAAGAACAACGGGAACGGGAACGUAAAAUGAGAAAAGCAAAAGAGAACAGUGAAGAAAGUGGGGAGUUUGAUGACCUCGUUUCAGCUUUACGCUCAGGAGAAGUGUUUGACAAAGAUCUCUCUAAACUGAAACGGAAUCGCAAGCGCAUUUCCAACCAGGUGACGGACAGCAGCCGAGAGAGACCAGUCACCAAACUUAACUUUUGAUUUUCCUUGAAACCUUUUCUAGCAAGCUCAGUAGCAGUAGUCCUUUGAAGUGACUAGAACGUUUCAUUACACUGCCUUGCAAUCCAAACAGUGGCAAUUUGUUCCUUCAUCUGUGAGUGAACGUGUGAAUGUGUGUCUAUGUAAAUGUAUGUGUACAUAUGUAUUAAAAGUGUAUAUAGAAGUCUUAGAGUCAUCUGGAGAUCUACAUGUACGGUUAUAACUUUUAUGUUCUCACGUGCACUCAGAAACCCUCGUGUAUGCAUUCAUAUUGAGUGUGGCUCGUUUCCUUUCCCUGAACACCAUGACUGUUCAGAAGCACAAUACUAUCUCCUGAAAGAGAUGACAGACAUUCCCUAGCAUAAAAAAAGGGAAAAGGGAAAAAAAAACUUUUUAAAGAAAAUAGGGGGGGAAAAAAAAAAGCUUGUGAAAUAUUUUAUGGUUUCCAAGCUUGGUAUAGUUUGAAAUUAUUUUUGUUGCUGGAAAUGGAGUUGGAAAAAUAGAGAUAAAAUGAUUUUUGAUGGUUGACAAUGUGGUGCUGGUGCAUCGCUUCAAUUAAAUUAACAAAACCAGCUUGGAGUUUCUGACGUUGACAUGGAGAUAGUCUGUAAAUGUUUAUGGAGAACAUCUUGCACACAAUUUGUAUUAUGUAGAAUGUCAAUCUCAAUUCUUUUUCAUAUUAAAAACUUGAACAUCAGUUCCCCUCCCAAUGUCAUCAAGUUUUCUGCCAAAGUGCUCUUGAUGAUUUCUUUAAAUUGCUUUUGAAAAAAAAACUAUCUAAACACAGCCCAUGCCCUUGUUAAAGACCAAGAUUGCCAGAAUGUGUUUGUUGUUCUAACAAUAUAGGUAUCUACACCUUAAAAAUCAAAUUCUCACUCAAGACUUAGAGGAACAAUUCCCUGGAAGGAUAAAGACCAUUUAAAACAAUAAUAACUUUUUUAUGGGUGCCUUUUUUUGGGGGGUAUUUUCUAUUUUCUGUUUUGUAGGACAAGCCGCAUCUUCUGUAAAUAUAGGUCUGGACUAAGGGACACUUAGAGUAUACCCAACGUCAACAGCAUCUGCAGAGAUGCCCAGAUCUAUUUAUCUUUAAGAAUAUUUGAAGUUGUUUGCUGUUAUAUGUUGUCAUUUUAAAUUGUGUGUCAGUAAAGCUACCUGUAAAAUUUCAGUCCAAAAAAUAAAGCUCUCAGGGAGAAAUGAAUAAAAACAAUGAACAUUAGAAAAUAAAAUAUAGAUGCUUACCAUUAGCCUACCAACUCUUAAUAUCCUUAAAUUAUAUGAUAGAUAAAGAGGACUGUUACUUCUUUUCCUUUUGCUUUAUUUAUUUGUAGUGGAGUAGGGGGCUGGCAUUUUUUCUUUUCUUUCCAUCUGUCCUGUUGGGGUUGGGUUUCCUGAGGAAAGAAUAGUUUUUCCUGUUGCACUAGAUCAUUAUUUACUCACUAAAUUGAGUUUUUCAAUCAACUAACAAAUAUUUAUUAAGUACCUACUGUGUACCAGGCAUAGUAGAGCUAUAGUGAUAAGCAAGACAGAGUCCCUGCCCCUCAAGGAGCUUAUUUGCUAAUAGGGGUUUUCAGGAAUGCAUAGAAUGCCAAUGUGUGCACUGUACAGGAAUCUUACUAUUUAAAAAGGAUUUGUAUAAACUUAUAAUGCUUAGUGCAGAUGGCAAGGUAUCUGUGCUGUGUGAAAGCUGUGAAAUAGUGCUCUAAGAAUUGUCAAGAGCUGUGGUUUUUACAUUUUUUUUUCCUCAUUACAAACUAGCGACUUUCUACCCAGUAUGUGGAAGUAAAUGACUCUUGCAAUAAAGCAGUCAUAAAUACAGAGGUGACACUCUCUCAACUCCUAGUUAACCCAGGUCUGCAAAUACACAUGUUCAAGGUGCAGAUGGAGACUUGGCGCAAACAAGCUUGGAGAGGAGGAGGAGGAGGAGGAUGGAAUGAUGUUUCUUCUCUGUUUCUGAACUAAAGUGCCUCUAUGUAUAUUCUUUUUAUAGCAGGAGAAAUUUGGUCUGGCUCAAUUUUGGAACUAUAUAUUGAAAGUGGCUUUGUCUUAUAGGUUAAGGAAUGGACAAGUAGAAGGACUGUCACAAAAAGAAGCAAGUUUGUGUACCAUGUCCCUCUUGCCCUUUUUAACCAUCCCCAUUUUGAUAUGGCCAUCCUGGUAGGCCUCCUUUGCCAUUUCCAGUUUUGGUUUCUUUCCCUUAAAACUGUGUGCAGGUAAUUCCAUGUGCCAUUGUUGGAGAAAACAAAAACUACUUUUUAGACUGGUGCUGGUGUAAGUAGCCACUUUUCUCUCUUGGGUGUGUAUUUUAAAGUUUUUUAGUUUUUUUUUUAAUUAAUGCCAAAAAACAAAAAGCAUUAUAAUUUGUAAACUUAAUUAUAUGUCUUGUAUCUUACUAGCUUAGUAGUUGGAACCACUUAGUCUUUAGGUGCAAGACUGUUGUUAUAGUACCAAGAAAAAAAGUUGUAUGUGUUACGAGAUUGUACAUUUUUUUAAAAAAAUAGCAAUAUGCAAUAA